AUGUACAUACCACUUCUUGGGAGAGUAUCCAUACUUGAAUGGCCGGUUAUCAUCCUUUCCUUCUUUUUGGCAUGGGCAGAGUAUGCCCUUCUGGUUAUAACUCAGUGUCUUCCUCAGUCCGUGAUAGAUGCGUGUACAAGCAUAACAAAGUGGGUGUUUGACAAAUUUGAAAGAAACCCCAAAUGCCCUGCCGGAGUGGACCAAGCUCGUUAUCGUACCCGGGGUAGAAUCGGUUCUGCUAAAAACAUCCAGGAGAUGGCGCAAGUGCACGGGUUCGAAGUUGAAAGUCAUGUUCUUAAGACUAAAGAUGGAUACUUGCUUACAGCUCACCGUAUACGCCCGCGAGGCCCUCCUAAUGGCAAGGUGGUUUACUUACACCACGGGCUCCUUAUGUGCUCUGAAGUGUGGGUGACUAUGGUCGACAAGUACCGCAAUUUGCCUUAUCUUUUGGCCGACCUUGGUUUCGAUGUGUGGUUGGGAAACAACCGUGGUAACAAGUACUCGCUCAAGCACGUCACAAAACCCCAGAAUUCAAUUAGUUUCUGGAACUUUUGCAUGGAUGAAUUCGCUCUUUUCGACAUCCCUGAUACCAUUGACUACAUCUUGUACGUCACCCAAAAACCUCACUUGACAUACAUUGGGUUCUCGCAAGGUACCUCGCAAGCCUUCGCCGCGAUGUCGGUUCAUCCCAAGCUCAACAAGCAGAUCGACCAAUUCAUCGGCAUUUCUCCUGCCACAACCCCUAAUGGGUUGCAGUCACGUUUCCUCGAUGCGUUUGUGAAGCUGACUCCUCAAGCCAUGUUCCUCAUGUUUGGCCGCAGGGUACUUAUGCCGCUGGUGUAUUUCUGGGAAAAGGUUUGCUAUCCCAAGUUGUUUGUGACGAUGAUUGACCUCUCUAACCGGCUUUUAUUCAACUGGAAGUCUGAAAACAUCCUGAAGUAUCAAAAGUGGGCUAGUUACAUGCAUUUAUACCUGACUACGUCCGUGAAACUCGUAGUGCAUUGGUUCCAAAUUAUGAAAGCACGCCGCUUCCAAAUGUUCAGCGAUGUUCUGUUGCUGAUGUUCCAAGAAACCACACCCACUUUCUACAACUUCAAGCUCAUUAAGGUGCCGAUCCACAUUAUUUACGGUGAUAGUGAUUCAUUAGUGGAUAUAGAUGUGAUGAAGAACCAACUCCCCCGUGAAUCAACCGUUGUGGAUCGGGUUCCCGGCCACGAGCACCUUGAUAACUUGUGGAGUGAUGAUGUUUAUGAGACUGUAUUCAAGCACGCUUUACGCAGUCUUGGCGUGCUCACGCAUGUCUCCGACGCCUUAGUAUAUGGCCAAGUCCCACUCAUUGAAGAAAUUGUCGACACAUCUCUGGAGACGACAGUCAUCGACCUGUUGAGCUUCCGUCGGUCAUCCCCCGUUGCAUCCCCUCGUCGUGAACGCCGCAAGGCUAGUGUCAGCCUGGUGACAGGCGAGCACUCAUUCAGCCGCAAUCUGAUGAUUUGA